ACACGUGAUCACGUCUACUCUCCCGCCAUCUGAGGGUUUCCGCUGCUUCGACAAAAAAAAAGCGAAAACAUCGCAAAAUGUCGAAUUUACGCGUCGAUAAAGACGCAUUCUUUCGUCGUAUGAAGAGAGUUUACUCUUCGUGGGCGAAAUCAACAGGAGAAGAUGGUCUGGCUAAAAUGGAUGCCUUGGUUACGGCUGUUGGUGUGGAUGAAGACGUGGUAUAUUCUAAAUCAACCUCACUUCAGACGUGGUUAUUUGGAUAUGAGUUAACAGAUACUAUAAUGGUUCUGUGUGAGAGUGGUAUUUAUAUAUUAGCCAGUAAAAAAAAAAUAGAUUUCAUGAAACAAGUAAAAGAUGGUGAACAUGAUGGUGUACCAAGUAUUAAAUUAUUGACAAGAGAUAAGGGAGACAAAGAUCAUGCUAAUUUCAAAUCUUUAGUGGAAGCCAUUAAAAACAGUAAAAAGGGUAAAUGUUACGGAGAAUUUGCGAAAGAUAAAUUUCCUGGUGAGUUUUUGGACAGUUGGCGAGCUGCAUUAAAAGAUGCAGAAUUAGCAAAGGUUGAUGUAUCGGUAGCGUUUGCUUACAUAAUGGCGUCGAAAGAAGAAGCAGAGCAGAAGACAAUUCAGCGAGCAUGCCAGGUGACCUGUGAUGUGUUUAAUAAAUAUCUUAAAGAACAAAUCAUGGAGAUAAUUGACGCAGAAAAGAAAGUGAAACAUUCUAAGUUAGCUGAUGGUGUAGAACAGGCUUUACAGAACAAGAAAUAUGUUACAGGGGUAGAUAACUCUCAACUAGACAUGUGUUAUCCAGCUAUUAUACAGAGUGGAGGAAAUUAUAGUCUAAAAUUCAGUACAGUAAGUGAUGAGAAAUACCUACAUUUUGGUGCGAUUGUUUGUGCCAUGGGAGCCAGGUAUAAAUCUUACUGCUCUAACAUAGUUCGAACUCUAUUGGUCGAUCCACCAGAUCAAAUACAGAAAGAUUAUGAAUUUCUCACGUUAGUUCAAGACGAACUUAUCGGCAAACUUCAACAUGGUGUAAGAUUAAGUGAAGUCUACAACGCAGGAUUUAGUAAGGUGAAGAAAGAACGACCAGACCUGACAGAAAAUCUCAUCAAAUCUUUUGGAUUCGCCAUGGGAAUAGAAUUCAGGGAGGGUUCGUUGCUCAUCUCGGGUAAAACAAAUGCUCCAGCUAAAAAAGGAAUGGUAUUUAAUGUAAAUGUUGGAUUCUCUGGUUUAAGUGUUAAAGAUGUCACAGAUUCUUCUAAGAAAAAUUAUGCUUUAUUUAUUGGUGAUACUGUUCUGGUCAAUGAGAAUGCCCCAGCCUCGAUUAUAUUAUAA